GAUUCUUGCUUUAGGGCAAAUUCUGUCAUAAGCAACACUUUGAGUUUCCUCCCUGUGUGUGGUGCAUUUCAUAAUCUCCCCUUGUUGUUGGGCGUGUAAUAAUCAUCAUACCGAAAUAAUUAUUAUUUUCUGGGACAAUAAUAAAACAUGCUAGGUCACUAAUAUGUAGGUUGCACAGCUGAUGAUUAACUACCUUUGUGUGUAGAAAGUUACUUUGAAGGGUGGAAAACGCUCUCUGUCACCAGGAGCCUGGAGCAAUUGAGGAGCUCCAUAGCCCUGUGUAAAUGUGGAUUUCGUGUUCAUGCAGCCAUCUAGGUGCAAAUUAUAAUCUUGAAUAGCAACUACAAUGGGAGAUGCUACAAAAUCUUCUUUUGCCAAAAGAAAAAAGGAAUGGGGAACUUUAGAUGAAGAAGAGUUAAAGAGGAACCCUGUACAACAAGACUAUCAAGCCAUGGAUGAUUACGGACAUGGCAACAAAAUAGAUAUAGGCUUUCAGAAGAAAAAGGGAACACCAGGUCACUAUGGAAACAGUCCCAGAAAAGGACCACACAGCAUUGUGAAUAGCUCAAGUUCAUUUAAAAACAUGGGUCACAGCCAAGGGGUAAGAAUAAAUGAUAACCAAAAAGACCAAAUUAAGAAGUGGAUAUCUGAUGACUACCGUGGCAGUUCAGACAGCUGGAGAGAGUUCAAAUCUACAGUACGGACGCCUGUAUUUAACAGGACAAGAAAAGACUCUUUCCAUGAGGGUGAAGGUGCAGGAAACAGAAAUGUAAGAAGACAACUUCAGAAAGACUUAAAUGAAGAAAUGUCAGACACAGUGAAAGGAAACUCUGAAAUGAAGAAACAUAGGAAACCAAGAAGACCAAGAAGGACAAGAAAAGAAGAGUGUGAUCAAGAUGACGAUAUGGAAGGUCCUGUUAUAGAUGAGUCGACACUGUCAGUGAAGGAAUUAAAGAGAAACUGCAUUUACAGACUAAAGAAGCGUUCUCGAAACUACCCAACAGCCAAAUACACCUGCAAAUUAUGUGAUGCUUUGAUGGAGUCAGUGACAUUUGCUCAUAAGCAUAUUAAAGAGAAGAAGCAUAAGAAAAACAUAAAGGAAAAGCAAGAAGAACAAUUGCUGACUACCCUGCCUCCACCAACACCUUCCCAGAUAAAAGCCAUUGGUGUUGCUAUUGAAAAUGUAGUGCAAGAGUUUGGCUUAAAUAAUGAGGAUUUGGAACAAAGACUCAAAAUUAAAACAGCGAUGGAAGAUUUAUUGCACCAAAAAUUGCCAGAUUGCUCACUAAGGCUGUACGGCUCUUCCUGUAGCAGAUUUGGUUUCAAAACUUCUGACAUAAACAUUGAUGUCCAAUUUCCAGAAAGUAUGACUCAACCAGAUGUUCUCCUACUUGUACAAGAAAGUCUGAAGAAUAGUGAAUCUUUUAUUGAUGUUGAUGCAGAUUUCCAUGCUAGAGUACCAGUGGUGGUGUGCAGAGAAAAGCAAAGUGGCCUUGUUUGUAAAGUGAGCGCAGGAAAUGAAAAUGCUUGUCUGACAACGAACCACUUGGCUACCCUUGGAAAACUGGAACCAACUCUUGUACCUUUAGUCAUUGCCUUCAGAUACUGGGCAAAGCUGUGCUGUGCUGAUCGUCCUGAUGAAGGAGGUUUACCUUCCUAUGUGUUUGCUUUAAUGGUCAUUUUCUUUCUACAACAGAGGAAAGAGCCAUUUCUUCCUGUUUAUUUGGGAUUGUGGAUUGGAGGAUUCUCAUUAAACAAAUUAGUGAACUUCAGCCUUAAAGAUGUUGAGAAUGAUAUCGUGGUGUGGGAGUAUAAUCCUACUGUUGAUGAUGCUGACUCUCCAAAAGAAGCUUCUCCUAAAAGGGGCAAGGUUCCAUUAGUGUUUGAUUCAGGACACCAGUGUUCAGCACCAGUUGGGCAGCUUUGGGUAGAACUGCUUCGCUUCUAUGCCUUGGAGUUUAAUUUGGCUGAUCUGGUCAUCAGUAUACGACUCAAAGAAGCAGUGUCUCGUGAAUCAAAGGACUGGCCUAAAAAGCGCAUUGCUGUGGAAGACCCUUAUUCAGUAAAGAGGAACGUGGCAAGAACUCUGAACAGUCAGAUAGUAUAUGAAUAUAUUCUUCAUUGCUUACGGGCAACUUACAAAUAUUUUGCUUUGCCCCAUAAGAAAUCUACAAAAUUCAGCCCCAAGAAGCCUUUGAAUGACAAUGAGGGGACAUCACAAAGAUUAGAACCUGAAAAGGAUGCCAUAAAGCAUGAUGUCAUUGAUACACAAAAUGUAAAUGACAAAAUGAGGGAAGUGGUAGCAACUGAUUGUAUUAAUGCUGUUGAUGUAAGUAUAGACACACCUCAGGCACGUUCAGUUAAUCCUUCAAACAUGUUUGACUCUGAAAGCCUGAUUGAAGAUGAAUUGGCAGAUGAUGUAGGACAUUUGGGAAUUGCCCAGGAAGAUUCAGACUGUGUAAUUGAAGAGAUGAUUUCUGGUGAUAACGAGGACUUUAAACCAAGUUGUGUGGAGACAGAAAGUGGAAAUGAGGAGGAGGAAGAGGAGGAGGAAGAACUUGACCAAGAUAAGAAAUGGCAGAAAAAUGUGAUAGUUAUUGAUCAAGGCUUGGAUGAAGACAGUGAAAAUGGUACUCUCCCUAUUCCAGCAAGUGAGCAUGAUAUUGAAACAUCCGGUAUUUCAGACUCUGAAGGUUUUCAGAGUGCUAUAGUCACAGAGAGUGAUGAGGUUGGUUUGGAGUGCAGUGUUAUACUUGAGGAUAAGGCUGACAGGGAUGAAGAGAGCACAGAGGAAACUGAUGAACUGGAUGAUACUGUGAACAAAUUUGCACCUUCAUUACAAGACCAGAUAUCUGAAAUCAAUAAUUCAGAUGAGGAGGAGGAGGAGGAAGAAGAAGAAGAGGGAGAACAGAGUCUUAUAAUAAACCAAAUAGAAUGUAGUGGUAUUGUGACUGCUGAAGAUGAGCUGAAUAAUGCUUAUACUGGAUCUGGGGGUGAAGAUGCACUGUCUGAGGAAGAGCAAGAAUUGUCUCUCCAUGUUAAAUAUGAAGAGACAGAGCUGGGAAAAAAUGUAGAUAAAUCUUUAAAGGUAGAUUUGAAGGACGAGGAUUUGAUAGAGAGAGGAAGCCUUUGUGAAGACAGCACAGUAGCUGGAGAACUUACAGGAUCUGAGCUCUUUUAUGAGUUUAAUAAACCUGCUUUCACAAAGGGCAAGUCUCCUAUGGUUGUGUGCAGCUUGUGCAAACGAGAAGGUCACCUCAAGAAGGAUUGUCCAGAAGAUUUUAAAAAAAUUGAGCUUGACCCUCUGCCAGCACUGACACCCAAGUUUUCAAAUAUUUUAGAUCAAGUAUGCAUCCAGUGUUACAAGGAUUUUGCUCCAAAUAUUAUAGAGGACCAGGCUCGUGAACAUAUACGGCAAAAUCUGGAAAGUUUCAUCAGACAGGAGUUUCUAGGAACCAAGUUGAACUUGUUUGGCUCAUCAAAAAAUGGUUUUGGCUUCAAACAAAGUGACCUUGAUAUCUGUAUGACAUUUGAUGGACUGGAAACUGCUGAGGGACUUGAUUGCAUAAGAAUAAUUGAAGAAUUAGCAAAAGUACUUAAGAAACAUUCAGGUUUAAGAAAUGUCUUGCCAAUAACAACUGCUAAAGUGCCAAUUGUCAAGUUUUUCCAUGUGAGAAGUGGUCUUGAAGUAGACAUCAGUUUAUAUAACACACUGGCACUGCAUAACACAAGACUGUUGUCCUCUUAUGGAGCCAUUGAUCCCAGAGUAAAAUAUCUGUGUUACACAAUGAAAGUCUUUACAAAAAUGUGUGACAUUGGAGAUGCAUCUAGAGGUAGCUUGUCAUCCUAUGCAUAUACUCUUAUGGUGCUUUAUUUUCUUCAGCAGCGAAAACCACCUGUCAUUCCUGUUCUCCAAGAGAUCUAUAAGGAGCCAAAGAAGCCUGAAAUUUUAGUUGAUGGUUGGAAUAUUUAUUUCUUUGACAAAGUAGAUGAGUUGCAAGCCUGUUGGCCAGACUACGGUUCAAACACGGAAUCUGUUGGGGAGCUAUGGCUGGGACUUCUACGCUUCUACACAGAAGAAUUUGAUUUCAAAGAACAUGUUAUCUGUAUCAGAAGAAAAAAUCUGCUUACAACUUUCAAGAAGCAGUGGACCUCCAAAUAUAUUGUUAUUGAAGAUCCUUUUGAUUUGAACCAUAAUCUUGGAGCUGGCUUAUCAAGAAAAAUGACAAACUUUAUAAUGAAGGCUUUUAUCAAUGGCAGAAGGGUAUUUGGUACCCCAGUAAAAGGAUUUCCUAAAGAAUAUCCCUCAAAAAUGGAAUACUUCUUUGACCCAGAAGUACUGACAGAAGGUGAACUGGCUCCAAAUGACAGAUGCUGUAGAAUUUGCGGUAAAAUUGGGCACUUCAUGAAAGAUUGUCCUCUGCGGAGAAAAUUGAGACGACGAUAUGAUCAUGAAGAUAAUAAAAACCAAAGGUAUAUAGAGAAUAAUGAGAAAAGAAGCAAAGAGGACAAAGAAAUCCAAAAUAAAACUACAGAAAAAGAUACCUCAAUCAAGGAAGGAACAAUACUAUGUACGCCUCAGAAAAACAAACUAGGGAGGGCAACAAUGGAAACCGGAAGAGACAAAGCUUCCAGGCAGUCAGCAGAGAAGUGGAAGCGGCAGGAGGACAGAGACUUAAGAGAAAAACGUUGUUUUAUCUGUGGGAGAGAAGGCCACAUUAAAAAAGAGUGCCCACAGUAUAAAGGAGCUGCAGGUGGAUCAAAGUCAGAAGGUCUGUGUGGAUCCCCUUCUUCACCCAGUGCUAUUAAACGUUCUGGUAGACUCAAUCAGGGAAUACUUUUACAUGAUGAAAAGAAGAAACAAAAGGGAAAAGUGUUCUUGAGUCCCCAAACAGGUAGUCUUUCCAAUAAAUACAUGAAUCAGGGAAAAUCCUCACAGAAGAGGACCCAACAAGAAUCAUGAGGAACUCUGAAAUUGCAAUACAGGCUAUCCAUUUACUUCAGAAAUUAGGUUAAUUUUGGAUAAAGCUUCUGGGCUCACAAGACAGCAGCACAAAACGAUCUUCAAUUUAAGUUUGAAGAAAAUAUAUUUUAUUUUUAAUUAGAUUGCUAGACGAAAUCAGAAGCAAUGGAUUUUAAUGCAGUCCUUCUACCAUGGACUCCUGCUCUUAAUAGAUUAUUUGACCAUUUUAAUAGAAAGCCAUGAUGUUUGUAUUUGUUUACUAGGUAAAACACGUAGAUAAGGGCAGGUGCUCAUUUUCAAGGUUUUAACAUUCAACCUGACCCUUUCAAAAUGCACAAUUGUGUGCAAGCCAAAUAUAAUGUUCUAUUUUUCUUCAAAAAUUGACUUUUUGAAGGAGGAAAUGCUAUUUAUUAAUGUUGAUUGUUUACUGAAUCCUUGUGUAAAGUAUUUAAAAUGUUUGUGGACUACUACUAAUGUAUUUGCAAACAUUUUAUCUGUGGAGAAUUGAAAACAUGGACAUUAGUAAACUUUUAUGUGAAACCU